AUAUGUACCUCACACAUUCUUUUAUUUCCACAUACAUCAAAUUUAUUGAAAGACAUAAGAAAAACAUAAACAUGGCAGCAGCUAGUUCUUUGAUCAAGGUUGUAGCUCUCAGCGGGUCUCUCCGUAAAGCUUCCUUCAACACAGGCCUCAUUCGUUCUGCAAUUAAGCAUAGCAAGGAGUCUGUGAAUGGAAUAGAAAUUGAGCACGUAGACAUUUCCGAGUUGCCAAUACUGAACACUGAUCUUAUUGUCGAUGGAGCUUAUCCACCUAUUGUUGAAGCUUUUCGCCAAAAAAUUCUGAAAGCUGAUAGUUUCCUUUUUGCUUCUCCUGAGAACAAUUACUCCAUUGCCGCACCUUUGAAGAACGCAAUUGACUGGGCGUCUCUAGCACCCAACUGUUGGGGUGAUAAGGCAGCUGCAAUGCUAAGUGCGGGAGGAGGUUUUGGUGGUGGAAGAUCACAGUACCAUCUUCGUCAAGUCGGAGUUUUUCUUGACCUUCAUUUCAUCAACAAGCCUGAGUUCUUCCUGAACGCAUUCCAGCCUCCUGCAAAGUUUGAUAGCGAUGGUAACUUGAUCGAUGCUGAGGCCAAUGAGAGGUUGAAAGGAGUUCUUGUUGCUCUUCGUGACUUCUCUCUGCGCCUCAAAAACUAGAGGAUGAAACAAUCUUUGUGUCACCUAUGUUUUUCCUUUUAACAUUUUUCAAAUUAAAUAAAAUUUCCUUAAAGAAAUAUUAAAUAAAAAUUUAAAAUUUCUAGCA